AUGAAGAUAUUUGUCAAAACUCUGAAGUGUGCUCGCUUCGAGAUCCAAGUCAACCCCGAAGAUUCGGUUGUUGAUGUGAAGACUAACAUAGAGACAGUGCUGGGGGCUACUGCAUAUCCUGCGUCAGAACAAAUCCUUAUUCACAAGGGGAAAGUGCUUAAAGAUGAAACAACAGUAGAGGCUAACCAAGUUUCCGAGAAUAGCAAUAUUGCCGUUAUGAAGAGAAAACCUGCAUCAAUUGGAACGUCUACUUCAUCUGCUAGCCUUAAACCUCAAGCUCAUGCAACUGAGACUACUGGACCUGCUGCAUCAAAUGUGAACUAUGGACGUAUUUCAGAGAGUAACGUUCAGCAGAUUCUUGGGAUGGUCCGUGGAGCUUGGAGCCGUGAAUUGGUUGCCGAUGCACUCUGUUUGGCAUAUAAUGACCUUGAUAAAGCUUUGGAAUAUCUUUACUUUGUAAGUUCUUUUUCAGAAACAUGUGCACAUAGUAUAGGCACACAGGAGAAUACUCAACAACCUGAAGUUCCUCAAGGUGCAGUCCAAGAAUGGUCACUUGAUACCUUGCGCAACAAUCCAGAGUUUGAGUAUCUACAAGCUCUGGUGCAAUCAGACCCUAGUCUCCUACAGGAUAUUCUAGAGGUGAUAGAGGAACAAAAUCCGCAAUUGGUUCAGAUGAUUCUAGACAACAAGGCAGACUUCUUACGCUUCGUACUGGAGCAGCCUCAGGAAGAACUUCAAGGAGGAGAUAGUGGCAACCAAGUGGGAGAGUCUGAAGACCAAACCGAAGUAGAGCAUCCUCAAGCAGACCAAACCAACACACCAAACCACGGAGGAGAUGGUGCCAACCAAGUGGGAGAUCAGUCUGAGGAAACCGAAGUUGAAACGCCAAAGGAUGCACAAGCAUAA